AGUUGACGUUGCGUCCGCGACAACGUAGCACGCGCGUUGAUCCUAUUAUAAUACCAGUAAUGUCGCAACGAAGUUUAACCUAACGUGAUAAAAAUUGUGCUUAAAUAAAACAAACAACAGACCCCAAGUGAAGCCACUAUGGGUGCGUUGUUCCGUAGCGAGGAGAUGGCCCUGUGCCAGCUGUUCGUGCAGCCAGAGGCGGCAUACGUAUCCAUGUACCAGCUGGGAGAGGCCGGGAUAGCGCAGUUCAGAGAUCUAAAUCCUCAUGUUAACGACUUCCAAAGGCGGUACGUCAGUGAAGUGAGGAGAUGCAGUGAAAUGGAGAGAAAGCUUCGAUGGGUCAGUGGGGAGUUGCCGGAACCACCACCGCCGCCUAAGCCAGGCCCCCGGACACUUAGUCCGAGGGAAAUCAAUAUAUUAGAGGAAAGAAUUGACUACAUAGAAUCGGAAAUUCAGGAGAUAACGAAAAACGCACAGAAUUUAAAGACAGAUUACCUUUCGUUGAUUGAAUUGAGGAUUCUAAUAGAAAAGACGCAAACAUUCUUCCAAGACCACAGCGCUCACAGGAAGAUAUCAGCAUCGGUGCAGAUAUAUAACAACGAAGCAUUGGGCCACCUCGGUUUUAUUGCUGGGGUAGUAACUACUGCCAGGGUGCCUUCAUUUGAGAAAAUGUUGUGGAGGAUAUCCCAUGGAAAUAUAUUCUUCAAACAAGCUCAAAUUGAUCGACCUCUUAAAGACCCUGUGACGGGUCACGAUCUCUUGAAGACUGUAUUUGUGGUAUUCUUCCACGGUGAGCAAAUAAAACUUCGCGUCAAAAAAGUCUGCCACGGAUUCCAAGCGACGUUGUACCCAUGCCCCGCCACCUUCAAGGAGCAGCAGGACAUGCUUGGUGGUGUAGCAACCAGGAUCCAAGACUUGGAAAUGGUUUUGGAACAAACAGAGCAACAUAGACGACUGGUUCUUGCAAACAUAGCAAGAGAUAUAAGUACGUGGAUGAUGGUUGUAAAGAAAGAGAAGGCGAUAUAUCACACAAUGAACAUGUUCAGUAUGGACAUUGUGAAAAAAUGCCUCAUUGCAGAAUGUUGGGUGCCCAAGAGUGAUCUGCAUAUAUUACAGAAGGCUUUAGAUGAUGGAGUGAAAGCAAGUGGCAGUCCGAUCCCGUCGAUCCUGCAUCAGGUACCGACCAGAGAAACGCCACCUACAUUCAAUAGGACUAACAAAUUCACCAAGGGCUUCCAAAACCUUAUUGAUUCCUAUGGAAUCGCCAGUUAUAGAGAAGUUAAUCCAGCUUUGUAUACGAUCAUUACAUUCCCAUUUCUAUUUGCUGUGAUGUUUGGUGAUGUUGGCCACGGUCUCAUCAUGACUGCCUUCGCCUCCAUCCUUGUAAUCUUUGAAAAGAGAUUCAUGAAACAAAAGUCUGACAACGAAAUUUGGAACAUUUUCUUCGGAGGCCGCUAUAUCAUACUCCUUAUGGGUAUAUUUUCGGUUUACACCGGCCUGAUAUACAACGAUGUAUUCUCAAAGUCGAUAAAUAUAUUUGGAAGCAGUUGGAGAAACAAUUAUGAUAACGAAACCUUAACUAGUCAUAGUUUUCUUGAUUUGGAUCCUGCCACUGAGGCGUAUACUCAGACACCUUACCCUUUUGGGUUGGAUCCGGCUUGGCAGUUUGCAGCAAACAACAUUAUAUUCCUAAAUUCGUUCAAAAUGAAGCUCUCGAUUAUAUUUGGAGUGAUACACAUGGCGUUCGGUGUGACAUUGAGUGUGGUAAACUUCAACUUCUUCAGAAGACCGGAGAUGAUUUACCUGCAAUACAUACCCCAAAUUCUGUUUCUGUUAUUACUCUUUUGGUACUUGUGCAUAUUGAUGUUCAUGAAGUGGACCAUGUAUUCGGCCACAUCUGAAGAUGUUAAAUAUGGGACAUCAUGUGCACCUUCAGUACUAAUAAUCUUUAUAAACAUGAUGUUGCUGAAGGAGUCGGUUAUCAAACCUCCCUGCAAAGCUAACAUGUACGAUGGCCAAGAUGCUCUACAGUGGACGUUCCUGGUUUUUGCAUAUAUGUGCGUGCCGAUCAUGCUUUUCGGGAAACCAGUCUACAAAAUUUUAAGUGCCAGGAAACGUAAGCAAUAUCAGCAAGGUGUCGAGAGUGGUGAAGAGACUACCGACAAGGAGGAUGGUGACAGUAUGGGGGAGCUGAUGAUUACGCAAGCCAUACAUACCAUAGAGUACGUGCUAGGCACAGUAUCCCACACUGCUUCAUAUUUGCGCUUGUGGGCACUAUCUCUCGCGCAUGCCCAGCUGUCAGCGGUGCUAUGGCAGCGAGUGUUGCGCAUGGGCAUUGGCAACAGCCCAGUGAUGGCAAUAGCUUUAUUCGUCAUAUUCGCGGUUUGGGCAUUCUUUACACUCGCUAUAUUGGUUUUGAUGGAGGGCCUCUCAGCGUUCCUACACACGCUGCGUCUACACUGGGUGGAAUUUAUGAGCAAAUUCUACGAAGGCCAUGGGUACGCAUUCGUGCCGUUCUCUUUCGCGGCUAUACUGGAACAGGACAGUGACGACGAACCAUCCGCCGACACUAAUACACCGCCCGAAUGACACAGGCACGAGUGGCGACCAGCUAACGAAACACCAUUAGAAUUCGACACCACAUUCUGAUAGACUUCAGCAUCCGAAUGGUACUAUAGUCGAAUUAGUUUUAAUGCAAUCUUCAAAAAAAUGGCCAAGAGAAACCCCCAAUGAUCGUGUUUAGUGGUCAUUAGUGACUCAAAGACACGCCCUCCAAUCGUAGCCACUAGUGGCUGUAUGGAUUUUUGGUUAAAUUCCUUUGCAUGUAGACAAUCUUUUGAUAGUCGACAACUAUGACCAAAAAAUCGCAACUCAAACUUGGCCACUCAAAAGCCCAGUUUGCACAGAUUUCAUACCAGAUAUACCACGUUAAACUGCCAUCACCUCGGUGAUUCAAUAAUAUACUAAUCAAAACAUUCUUAUCUCGAUCUUCAUAAUACUGGCUUUAAUCACAU